CGGGACCCCCGCGGCGCAGGAGGCCGCGCGGCCGGAGCAGGCCAGUUCUUCAGAGGACUUUCCCUGACUGCAUCUUCCCUCUGAGCUCCGGCUGCUUCCCAGUGGGAAACAUACUCCAGACAGCUGUGGCGUGUUCUUGGAGAGCAGUUCCAUGGGCACUGUACCUGACCCUCUGAGGGGGACAGAUGCUUCCAUCGUUGCAGCUUCUGGAGAGGAAGAGGCUCAGGGAGAGCUGCAGAGGAUCUCACCAAAGUGCCAACCAGCUCAGCCCAGUAAGAAUGCCAGUAGCAUUGGAGAUGCCCCUGCUGAACCAUGCCUCAGGCCCAGUGCAGCAGCUGAGGGCCUGAUGCAAGUUCGUGAGCAUGAGACCAGUCAGCCAGACAUGUCAUUUCCUGGUGACCUCAAUGUAGUGGAGGUCUCUCCCCCACACAGCACUCAUGAUGACCCCCAGCCACCAGAAAGCAAGGAGCCUACAGUGUUAGUCCUAAGUCCUGCAGGAAAGGACCUUACACCUGCAUUGUUUGUAAUGCCGGCCAGUCAGCAUUCCCAUCAGGCCAUCACAGGUCACCUGCCGAAUAGUGGCACCUGUUCAGUCCCUGAAGAUUCCUUGGCAGAAUCACAGAGAACCUCAAACAGCGAACAGCAAUUUGAGCAGUCAACAAGUUGCCCUCCUGGGCUGACCUGUUGCAGUGGCCAAAAUCAAGUGUUCUGUGAUUUUCCGACUCAGGAAAAAGUUGAGGGAAUGGUAAAGACUCCAGAUAUGGCAGCCGAGGUGCUCGGUCACAUAUGCCCUUCUGCAGAAAGACUUGAAGGGGAAAGGCAGCAAGCCGUCAGUAACACGGUGGUGAGGUCCUGUGACCCUCCAGCAAAAGGAGGGUGCUCAGAGAAAAAACCAUCCUCUGCCUCUAUCCUGGACACCAAAGUUGUCCCAUCUGAAACACCUCAGCCUUCUCACCUCACUAGCAGAGGAUCUGCAUGCCCUACAGAUCCAGAGAAGGUGCUGGUGCCAGCACAUCAGGUGUCCAGGUUCAAAGAGGCCAGUACUAUGACCUACCAAUCUGAAAGUGAGGCCAAGAAAGUCCCUGGCAGGGCUCGCCAAGAUGCGGAGGUGCAAGCAGUGGCCAGUGUGGAGAGCAGGUCGGUUUCCACCAGCCCCAGCAUCCUCGCUGCAUUCCUGAGGGAAAGCCCUGCUCCUGAGUGUCUGGAGCAAGAGCAACUGUGUGUCAUUUGCCAUGGUAGUGGCAGUAGGGUCCCCACAGUGGAGCUCUCUAACAGCAGGAUGGACCUUCGGGAGUCAGGGAGCUGCCAGGACAUUGUGCCACAGGUGCAGAUCCAGGCAGCUGCUGCUGUUGCUACAGCUUUCCAACGGGAAUGCAGCCCCGGGAGUCUACCAGGGGAAGCCCUUAAAACUCCUUUGAUCAACGUGGCCUCCAGUCCUCACCAGGACGCACCUGAAGAUGGGCAGUCUUCAGCAUGGGAAGAGCCAGCCUCUUGUCAACCUGCAGGUACUAAUUCUGGUUCCCAGAAAGCUAGCCCCGUCGGCCAGAUUUCUCAGAGUGCAGUAAGUCAUGGGUUGGGCAACUCUGUACCCAAGCCACGCGAACACGUAGUGAAAACCACAAAUGACCACAAGACAGAGCCAAAAUGCAAACUUCCAGACUCCUGUGGCCAUGCCAGGAAAGAUGACCAGCCAGUGAACAUGGACCCCAUUGAUAAGCGGGAUGCAAAGGAGAGGAAGCCCGCUUCUCCUCAGAUAGUCAAAGAGCAGGAGUCCGCUGCAACUGAAACACCGGAUGGCAAAACCCUUCUGCUCAAUCCUAAAUCUCAAGAAAACCGUGGCACAGGACCUGCGGCCAAUCCCGCACCUUCCCCAGGGAGAAAGAGCCAGGAGAGCAUCUUGGAAGAAAACAGACAGUCCAAGACAGCCACAAGCCUGAGCCUGCCUUCCGACGGCAUGGGUGACUCCAGCCCAGGCUCUGGCAAGAGGACCCCUUCUCGGUCGGUCAAGGCCAGCCCCAGGCGGGGCAGCCGCGUCAGUGAGUUCCUCAAGGAGCUCAACGUGACGGCAGCUGCCCAGGUGGGGCUCACACCCGGAGAGAAGAAGAAGCAGCUGAGCGCAGACUCGAAGCUGCAGCUCAAACAGUCCAAGAGAGUACGGGACGUCCUGUGGGAUGAGCAGGGCAUGACCUGGGAGGUGUACGGCGCCUCCUUAGACCCGGAGUCCCUGGGAAUUGCCAUCCAGAACCAUUUACAAAGACAAAUCAGGGAACACGAGAAAUUAGUUAAAACACAAAGUGGCCAGUCCCGAAGAUCGAUUUCCUCAGACACUUCCUCAAAUAAGAAGCUCAGAGGAAGGCAACAGGGCGUUCUGCAGUCGAUGCUGCAGAACUUCCGGCGCCCCAACUGCUGUGUGCGCCCAGCCCCGUCUUCUGUGCUGGAUUAAAAGGGUCCAUGUGUCCAGGUGUGGUAUUCCAGUGUGUCUGUCUGUGACGUAGCUUACUUGGGUGGUUUUUUGUUUUGUUUUUUGUUUUUUUCCUGAAAGACCACGAAGUAAAAGCAAGGAUUAAAGAAUUAACUUUAGGAAUUUGCUAUUAAAAACUGUUGGAUCUUCUGUAAAUAAAAGGCCAUUUCAAGUUGAAAGAAAGAAGCAAAGCUCACAGAUGGCCUGAACCCCUAGUUCAGGGGAACUAAUAUCUACUGGGGUUAUUUAACAUGUUGUUGCUUAUACACAUACAUUAUCACCACACAUGAGUCGUUUUGUAUUCAGUCUAUGGCAUGCUGGUAUUUCUACUAAAAUCUCUGAUUUAUAUUGAAAAUAGAAAAAAAAUCACUAUUAGCAAAAACACUGUUCUAAUUUCUACACUUACUGAAAUAAAAAUGCAACUACUACAAAACAUUAGUAGUUUGUAAAAAAACCUUAAUGUGAAAAAUUGAAACAAAUUCGACUUAUUCCUAGAACAGAUACUAAAAGUAUUCAAAAGUGUAUAAUAACAAAUAUUGACUG